AUGCUACUUGAAAAGGAUAAAGUCUUACAGGACUUUCUUCCAUUAUACGUUGAAGCAGUUGCAUUGAUGAACCAAUUGGCGACAGCAUUAACUGAGGACAUAAAUUACGUACUUGUUCAAAAUCGCAAUCUUCGAGAAAUGUAUUAUGGUUACUACAAAUGGAAUUCUUAUAAUCAGACAAAGACACAUUUGGAGAAAAUGGAUCGCUGGACUUUUGAAGUUACACGUAGCGACAUAAAUGACGAUUUUAAAAGUUCUUAUCAUAUUGCAUAUCAUCAUUUCGCCAAUUUUACGUUUAGCAAAUAUUCUAGAACUUCAAAUGCAACGUUCUUUCGUUCAUUGCAUUGGAAUGAACUCAAUUGGAUAGCUUUUUUCACUGAAGGGGAAUUUGGGUUGGAGAAAAAGGUAAAAGUGCAGAAUAUGGCAAAUAACAAAAUAUAUUCCUGUAUGUAUAUUUAUAGAAUAGAGCCUCCAGGUCCCGGUCAUUUUUGUGUCUGGAGAAAAGAUUCCACAUGGAAUAUAGAAAUGACCUAUCAAUCCAAAUAUGUAAACGAUUACGAAACAAUAAUUUUUACUCUUAGAGUGACUGGCGGUGAAAGGAACUCUUCAGUAAUUGUAUCACUCGAAGAGUCGGCUUACGUCUCCGCUUUCACUAAUUUUUUCGAUAUUCCAAACGAGAACAUCAAUGAGAUUGAAAUAGAAUUCAAUGGCACUAAAAAACCUUUUGACAUGACCAAAGUUGUCAUGACAAAGAUGCUUACGGGAGAAGAAUAUGGUUGUGUUGACAUACAUUGGACAAAUUCAAUGAAAUGUUCUUGUAAAGUUAAAAAAGGCAAGAAAUGGCUGUUGAAAGUUAUUUCUCCUGAGGUACAUGAACGAACGUUCUCCGUAGAAUUAAUCCAAGACACGUUAUCAUCUUUCACUAAUCAUUUGACAUGGAAGAAUUUCGGUAUGUAUGGAGAUGAGUUCAUCAAAUAUUUUAACCUGAAGACCUAUGAAGACAAAGAAAUCACAAGCAUAAAUCUCCAUUUUAAGAAUGAAUCUCUGAAAAUCAAUGAAAUAAGUAUGAUCAGCAAUUACACAGAGUAUAAAUUCAAUAGAAAUGAAGGCAGCAGCACUCACAAUUCCUCGGUGGCAGGAUUCUCUCGAAUAACAGAAGAUAAUUAAUUCUAAUGAAACAAUUCUCGUCCUGAAAAUAGGUA